GUUUCUGAGAAUUAAAAUUUUUUAAAUUUAACUAGUUUCCAAAUUCAAAUAAGGAUUAUAAUUUACGAUGAUUACCCCAACAUUCCGUCUCGACCAGAACGAGACUCAGUUAAUCAUCAUUGUAGAAGCACCCUAUACAAAUGUUAAAAAUACAGAAAUUCACGUCGAGGGUGACGAUGUGCGCUUUUACUCGGCUCCAUAUUAUCUUCGAUUGGCAUUGCCUGGGCAUGUGGAGGAGACGGACAAUAGCUCCGCCAAGUAUAAUUCGGACAAGUCGGAAUUCGUGAUUACUUUGGAUAAGGUUACUCCAGGUCAACAUUUUGAUGGGUUGGAUAUGCUCGCGUCCCUGUUAGCACCAAAGGGCCAACCGAAAGCCAAGAGACCAUUAAUUGAAGUUAUGGAAGAAGAUAGCGAUGUUCCACCAUCCUGUUCCAUGCAAGAAUUUAGUGACGAUGAUUGGCAUAUUGACCAAGUGGUACAAGAACCAACGGGAGAGGAAGCGAUGUGUUCACAACAUGGCUAUGGGUUCGCCAAUUUACACAAGGGACUAUUGAAUAAAUAUCAGGUGGAGUUAGGUGAGGUUUGUGAAAUCAAGAAUCCAGACGCCGUACCACCUGCAAAAAGAUGGGCUGAAAAAUAUGCUGAGGAACAAAUAAAGUUUUCGGAUGAUCACUAUCUUUCCGAUCUCAUGCUGGAAAAUGACAUCCCCAGGCUUCUUGAAUUCCACUUCGACUCAGAAUCCUUGAAUACACUUACGCCUAAAAAUGUUGACCAGAUGAAAAUAUUGGGAAAUCGUAAAUUCAUAUUAGACAAGUCUGAACAAAAGGUAUUGUUCUUUGGAAUGAUUGACAUUAUUUUUUCUUACUGCUAUGACUGGAGAACAAGUGAGGGAUCUCAUACUAUCGAAUCCACUUGGAAUAUAUCUCGAAUAAGUGCAAGUUUAUCGUGGUUUGUGUCGUUUAAUAGCAUCCAAGAUGUGAUCGUUUCUUCACUACGCCGUUCUUUAUCGUUCCCUUUGCAUCGUAACUGGGAUCUUUCCAUGAAAGUCUUUCAGGACACGCUGCAAGUCCUUAAAUCAGGACCCAAAGGGAUUUUGGUGUGCCUACUGGAUAUCCAAAAACUGUUUAAUGAAAGAGCCCCGUAUUAUCUGUUAAACGUACUUUUCAUUGAAGAGUAUUGUAUAUGGGUCCAGAAGAUUACCCAAGAAUCUCUGCAUAGUCUUACAACCACCUUGGAACAAGAGUUACAAAAAGUUUCGAAGUCCCAUGUAAAUUUCGAUUUGCCAGAACUGGAAAUUGCAGCAAGACUUGUAGAAGAAGAAGAAAUGGAAGACGACCUGUCUACAGUAAUUCAGGGUAUUCAAAUUUAGUAAUGACACAUAGAUUUAUUUGUUUUAUUUUAGUAUUCAAUAUAUUAAUAACUCUGCAAUUUUGAAUCGACUAUUAUUUACGUGGUGCGUGAAGUUGUAAUAGUAGAAUGGCACAUGAUUAAAACUGAUCGUGUUGGAUAUAUGUAAAUUGACAUCUAUGUGCCUUUUUUUAAAAAAUUUGCUUAUGUUUACCUACAGAAUAAUUAGGACUAUUCAUGUUAAAUAUAUGAUUUUAUUUGUUAAGCGCUAUCCACGUGUUUUUUAUGUAUGUUACAAAUUAAACUCAAACCAUGCAAUUUAGUAUUUUUAUUCGGUUAUAACUUGAAAUAAAAAACAGUAUGUCAAUAAA